AAGAAUCCAAUUGGACAGCAGUAACAUUCACAAGAAUUAUGUUUUGUGCCAUUCUAAAACGAUCGUCCUGGAAGAAGCCUUGGUUACCUUUGUCAACUGGGCUUUUUUUGAGGUCCUCAAAAACUUUGCUUCAGAAAAGAAUAACAAAAGAAACUCUCGAUGAUUUUACAAACGAUGAACUUUUUGAAUAUAUCAAAGAGCGUACCUCUCGACCUGGACAAUAUCCGCUUCAUUACGAAAAAUUAAGACAGUAUUGUUAUCGGGUUAGAACCCCUGAAGAGUUUGAUCGAGCUUAUGAACUUAUAUUUGAUUACCACAAGAAGCUUCUUCCCGUACACGGCAAGGUAUCGAGACAACUGAUAGAGUCAGAAGUUAGAUUUGGAAAUCCCAAAAGAGCAGUGAAGGCCAUAGAAUACUGGAGGUUUUUAGGAAUGAAGCCAGGCAUCUAUGGUUUUAGUGUCCUUCUAACCGCUUUAUCGAAACAAGGUGACGUAGAAAGUAUGAAAAAACUUUGGUACAGUUCCUUGGAUGGCUGCGUAGAAUUGAAUACUCAUAUGUUAACUGAAUACGUGCGAAGAUUUGCCAAAGUGAAAGCCUAUGAGAUGGUAGAAGAAGUAUUAAAGAUAGCCAAAGAACGCAAUGUUCGCCUUAGGACUCCAGGUUUUCUAGUUUUAGCUAGUACUAAGCUGCAAGAUGGUAGACCCGAGGAAGCUUUGCAAGUCCUCGAUCGAAUGAAGGAGUUUGGUUGUUUGGAUAAUAGUUCAACAAAGGCAAUGCGAAAGGAGAUUGAAGACUUAGCAACUCAGAAACUUUCCACAAACUCUAAUAAAGAGGAGAAAUAGAAUCCAUUUGAGUAUUAUCUUGGAAUGAUACUGUCUAGUUUAUCUUUGUAAGUUCUUAGUAGAAGAAUUUUUU